AUGUCCGAGGAUGCCUCGAUUAAGCUCAGUAUGAGGCAGUUGCAAGGCCCUGAAGAAGCCUGGAAACAGAUGUAUAAACUCAUAUUCCCUGAUACAGCUGAAGACGAUAUACCAUCGCCAUACGUUGAAGGUGAUAUCCGAUUAGAAGACCACGCCCAUUUCGCUCGGUUCAUCGGUCGCCGCUUGUACGUGUUCAUUGACCGUCGCUUGCAUAACUGGCUCUGCAAGAACAGAAAGAGGACGGAGGAGUGUGCAUGUCCAGGCACUGAGAGCAUACUCGUGGACUAUAUCAAAGAGUUGCUGGAAGAAUAUUUUGAACACUAUGAUCUGCGACCGGAACAUCCACCGAAACGACCUGAUGACGCUGCCAAAAGUGGGUCGUUCGAGCCACUCUGUUCGGUCGGAAGCAAAGUUUCUAGUGUCUCUAGUACCUCCUUGCCUCUAUCUACGUCUGGGAUGCACUCGGAGGGUCAAUAUGGCAGCUUCAACGAUCGUAGGGACACGGAUCAUCGGGGUCUCACUGAACUCCAAACUCAUACUUCAAUGAUGACUCCGGCUCUCCCCGACUUUGGCAGUGACAGUCAUGUUUGGGCCUUCGCGGACUGGGGCACUUCAUGCACGGCAAAUCCCGAUGUCGAUAACAUGAGCAGUCCUAAUCGUCAUGUUCUAUCGGAAGGGUUCUGCGGCCCCGAACCAGAUGCCCAAGACGUAGUCCUAACGAACCAAUCAAUAUACGCUGCCGCCUCGGACGGGACUGGUGAAAAUCACAAGCAUGUCGCUACCAAGCCCGCCUACUUUUGCACCUUUUGUGCCGAGCGAGGAAAGAGGACGAUGUUCCAGAGCAAGCAAGACUGGAAGCGCCACGAACAAGACCAGCACAUGGAAAGCGGCCUGUCAUGGCCGUGCGACAUGUGCAGACACACGUCUCACAACGGUUCAGAAGCCCAAAAGCAUGCGAAGAAGGUGCACGCGGCCUCUCGCGUCCACCGGGGCCUGCCGAAGCCGUCUCCACGGGCGAGGAACUAUGGAUGCGGCUUUGGAACAUGCGCCAAGCGCUUCGACAGCUGGAAAGACCGGUGCAAACACGUUGCCGAAUGCAUGCAAUCCGACGACUUCGACGCGUGGAGCUGCACACGCACAGUACAGAACAUGCUGCGGCACCGCGACGUGCCCCCGGAAUCGAAGGUGGCGAUUGAGUGCGCGAUGGCAAGCCACGAGAGGGAUUCGGACACGAUGCACGUGUUUCGAGAGCAGCUCAUGAUGCUCGACUUUCAGGGCUGUGUAUCCCCGUCAUGCAGCCAGCCCCAGGACCUGGGCUCCUACGACGCAGCAACCCACCGCAACGCCGAUGCUCCACUGGGUCAAGCCGCUGCCUCGAUCGCACCAGCCAUCUCCUCGGGGGCUGAGCUGAGCCACAGCACACCAUUAGUAUUUGGGAGAGACUCAUGGAUCCCCUUCCGUGUCCCGUUAGUACCAGCGUCUGACUACGACGAGUGGGUACCAUCAAUUUGCCCCGAAGAGUGGUGUGCAGCCAACCUGGAGGUUCAAGUUGACCAGGCUCGCAACGCCAGCCCAGCAUACGGGGGCAUGUACUCGGGACUCGAAGGGCGGGAUCCUGCUACGGUAUAUUGUAGCGUCUACACAGAGAGCCCGGACGCUGCGUGCCACCUAUGA